AAGAGCAUAGACAGGUGAAAUGUGGCUCGACGGGUCUGAUGGGAAACAAAGCUUGCAUAGCCAGCACAGAUACUGAUUGACUGACAGCACUCUCUCUUUCUUUCUCUCUCCGUCAGGAGGAGUCUAUGUGGUAUGCUGUCACUCUGGAGUUCCCUGCUGAGUGGAGAGCUGCUUUUCUACUGACCAAUGCACAUUGGAAUACAAAGUCUCUUUUUGCCCUGAUACUCUAUCUCUCCCUCUUCUCAAUCGAGGGAAGGAAUUCCGGCAGAGCUGUCGAGGGGAACUUUUUUUCAUUCUUCCUCUCUUUCACAUACCAAGUCUCUCCCCCUUUGUUGUGGUGGGUCAGACAUUGACAGUGUUUGUGUGGAUGUUUGGCGUGGACGGAAAGGGACAGUGAAAAGGAGACAUGCUGCAAAAUGGCAGGACUGGUGCCAUCAGCACCACAACCACAACAGAGAUACCGGACCUCAAUGCGAGGAGAAUUAGGCACCUCAGACUAACCCUGGGACCUGAGAGCAUUCCUAAAGCUCCGAAUGAAAAAGUCAACUCUGAAGAGAAAAUGGUCAAUGGUUCCCGGAGAAGGAAACAUGCCCUCAUGCAGAGAGAGAGACCACCUGGAAGAGAAUCACCUGAACAAGAAAACAAGCACCCUGUAACCAAUGGCAUCAGUAGGGAACAGCCUAUUCAGCACGGGCCCAGAGUUUAUGGCGUGGUGCAAAGCACAGGCACCAACCACCAACAGGAAGUGAUGGCAAGCGAGGUCUCUGUCAAUCACCUGAGAGAUGAGAUGAAGUACAUCAAAGAGGUACGUGACUCUUUGGAAAAAGUCAGAGAGCGAAUGUAUGGCCAGUUUGGAGGGAUGCAACAGACAAUGCAAAAAUUAUCUCAGGAAUUAAAGGCAACCAACUCUCAUAAGAGUUACCUGGAGUCAGAGGUGAGAACAAGAAGUGCAGCAAUGGAGAGCUUUGACCAGAUGAACAGCUCCCUCAUAUCUUCAACCAUUGAUCUGCAGAAGUCAUUGCUGGAUAGCUGUCAUAACCGUGUGGGGAAUAGGGAUGAGAUGAGAUCUCUGUGCAGCUCCUUAGAGAAGACGGAGGAGAAACUGAAGGAAACAGAGAGACAACUAGCAGCAGCACAUGCUGAAAACCGCUCUCUGAAACAACAGGUGGAUACUUCUCAGGAGGCCAACACUCAAGCAUUGAAAGAGAUGAGUGCAAAGCUACAGAGGGAAUAUGAGGAACAGCUGCAGGAACAGCAGAGGAAGUACACAGAGGAGAUAGAAGCUCUGCAGGCACAGCUUGACGACUACAUGAGGAGGCUUGAGGAGGCAGAGAAGAAUGCUAAGAUAGCUGAGGCAAAGAUCACUGAAAGAGACAAACGAAUAGCAGAGGUGGAGCGACUACUAAACUGUAUGGCUCAGGAGAAGGGUGACCUGAUCAAAAAGCUUUGUGAUUGUGAACAACGCUUGCAUGGUUUGGACCAAGUUGACCAUGCAGACAAAGCUGUAGCCAAACAGUCCGAGCAGCUGAAAGGAGAAGCAUCAGAACUGAGAGAGAGAAUAAAGCACCUCAAUGACAUGGUGUUCUCACAGCAGAGGAAAGUCAAGGCUAUGAUAGAGGAGGUUGAAACAUUGCGAGAAAAUGUUGCACAGAAGGAUAUGUUCAUCGCUGAGCUGCUGGACAGGAUAGCCAUUGUGGAGUGUGAGAAUAAUGAGUUAGAAGACAAGCUGAAGUAUUUUAUGUCUGUACAGAAAGCAUCUGAGACUAAAGUACCCACUAGGGACAUUGGAGUUGGUUGUGACCUGCCCAUUAGAUCUGAAGAGCAGCCAUAUGUACCUCCUGUCCAACAAAGUCUGGUCCCAUCAUCCCCAAGAUUUUCUAGCAGACUGAGCAAUAGUCUUCUUAGAUAUACUCCUGGUCAGUACACCUCAAUGCUGUCUUCUGGGCAUGUACAGACACAGGAAGUUGUUACACGGCCUACACAAAGUGCAGCAUCAUCUUCGAGUUAUGUUCAGACCGGUCAUGAAAACGAGGAAUCUGAACCUACGCAAUCCCCACCAAAAUCUCCAAAUUCAGGAUUGUCCCCGAGAGUGCGAACCAGCCCAUUAGAAGUCUACACUCCUUUUAUGAAGCUGAUGGAAACGACCCCUAAUAUUAACUUUGAAUAAAUGAAUACUACUGAAAUUGUUGUAGCAGAAGUUAAUGCCUUUCUACAUAAAGUAUUCUUGUUUUGUUACUGCUUGUAACAUUGCAGCAUAUGUAAAUUACCUACUGAUCUGUGAAUAACUUUGAUAUAACUUUUAUAUCAAAUGUAACUCAAUUAGGCUUUAUAAAUAUGUUUCUUCUGCAAAUUAAGUACGGUGUUAUAUCACCGGCAAAUAAACCUCAGUAUACUCAUUGAGUUCUACUUUUCUCACUUCCAUGUGUAUUAGCAUGAAUAAAUGGUUCAGAUUAUUUGUAUAAGGAGAGCUGCUGACAUCAGUGCUCUGUUUUGCACUUUACUUCCUGGAACUGCUUAUGCACAGACUCCAGCUCAUUCAUCUUUGCUGAUUUUUUUUUUUUUUUUACAGCUGUACAAAACUUAUUAAGAAAGCCAGGUUAAAGAAAAUGUAUUCCCCAUCCCCUACUGUUGUAGACCAGAGUACUUUCAAAGGUCAUUUUACACUGAUACAGUGUGGAGAUUGUGAGAGAGAAUGGAGUGUUGUCGAUUGUUCAGAGGAUUAAUCUGAAAAUGCACUUUUCUGAAGACACACUUCAGUUGCCAAAAGCAUGAAGUAUGAUGAUUGUAAAUUAAGGUUUAUGAACAACAUUUGUGUAUACAAAGCACUUAAGAUAUAUUUGGUAUUUUCUUAAACAUUUUCACUCACUGAGCACUAUAUUUACGUUUAAUUUGGUAUAUUGUUGAAUAAAUGAAACAUG